UCUAAACUUAUAUUCUGCGAGAUUUUGAUUUAGCCUCUAUUUUAUAUUUAUAUGGCUUUAGUAUUAGAAAAUACUUGUAGUGCAUGAGCAUUUAAGUAUCUUAGGAAUUAUUGGAUUGAAGUACUAAGGAGCAAGGAAAGAGGAGUGAAAUGGAGAAGCUAUGUAUCGCUGUAACGCUAAUUAGAAGACGGGUUUACUUGCAAAAAGUAAAAAUACGCAUAUCAUACUGAAGAAUUUAAGAAGACCUAUAGAUCAUGCCAUUUAAAAAUAAUACCUAUACCAUUUUCCAACAUAACUUGCGAACUAAUAGUUACAAAAAAUAAAACAGUUCCAUACAUGGAGUUUUUUAAAUAAAAAAUCUGGAUGAACACGAGGUGCCUUCUUUAAAACACCUUGUUACAUUAUUGUUUACGAAAUGUUAAUAUUGCCAUAAUGAAACUGCUACUUGGUAUGACCUGUGAUGCUGCACGGUUAAGAUUAAACUACAUAUGUGGCUCAUUUCAUGGGCAGUUCAUUAAUUCAAAAUGACAAAUGCCAUACAAAAAUAUUCUGCAAAUAUUGAAGUACUAGAAUGAAGUUGUCCCAGUGAACCGUCGACAAAAAUUAUAGUAAACAGAUGUUUGGUAAAAAGACGCUUUCAUGAGUUUGCGUAAAUUCUUUUUGCAUAACAUUAUGCGACGUGCCGAAAGUACUAACGAAGACGACACGGAGACUGAAAGUGUCGACGAGGAUGUGACCGAUAGUGAGGAAUCCGCUCAUGAAAAAAGGGUUCAUUUUUUGGGACUACCAGUGCGCAAGUUUACCUACAAGAGACUUCCAAAAAAAUUUCUCAAAUUCUCUUUCUUAAUUCUGAACGGAUCUGCAUUUCUUGCAGGAAUAACUGCUACCAUCACUUCAGUAUGGAUGCUGUCUGAUAGUAAACUGAUGUCUCGAUUAUUCAGCCAAAGACUGUUUGUAACUAUUUUAUUGUUGGUUGGUCUUUUCGCCUGUAGCGUAUCGUUUAUAGGAAUCAUGGCGUUUGUAAAGAAACGAAGGAAAUUUAUAACGGUCUAUAUACUGUGCCACGUGUUGUCCUUAACAUUUAUUUUCAUCUGUGCCAUAUUGAGUUUUUCUUUUUUUGACAAAAUCACACAAAAAAUUCAUAACGACAUGACCAGUACCAUUGUCAACUAUCACUCUUUAGAUUGGGUUACAGAAGCAUGGGAUAACACACAAAAAUAUUUGCGUUGCUGCGGCAUUUGGUCUUUCAGAGAUUGGGAUAAGUAUCGGAUGCAAAUUCCUCACAGUUGUUGUUCGUCAACUAUUGAAAAGUGCUUAAACAUGUCUCAAGAGGUAUCGUACCAAUCUGGUUGUUUGAAGGAUUCCAUAAUAUUAUUAAAAUCUCAUAUUCAUUCGGUGUCUGUCAGUGCACUUUUGAUAUCGAUAGGACUUGUAGUUGGUCUCUUCCUGGCUUUUGGAAUAAGAAGAAGGUUCAAGACCUAUCAAAGGGAUUGAAGCAUGAAUAAGUUUUUCUCUUUUUUAUUAUCAUAUAUAGAUCAUAUAUUUUCUGAAAACACUUAAUAUAUUAUACUUAUGGUAGUAAUAUUGUAAGUUAUUGGACAUGCUGGUUGGGUCGUGACUGUCUGUAUAAUCGGUAGACGUUUUUUUUUAGAAAAAAAAAAAAAAUAAGAAUUCUCACAUGCUCUCCCAAUCUCUCCCACUCUUUCUCUACACAUUGCACCAUUAGU